AUGAUGGAUGACCAGUGCCUCUUGUGCCGCAGGUACGUGUUGGUUGGACUCACAAGAGACGAGCUGGACGCCCUCACGCUCACUCACAAGGGAAGGAAGACAGAACACUUGGUGGGUCUCGUGCAGUCUGAUAAAGCUGGAGAGUGGGAGGUGUACAUCAACCAGCUGUACUGGGGCCCUGGUAUGAGGCUACACGCUACCUGGAAGAACGGUCGCUUCUCCUCCCCAGUCUCGCCCUUCAUAGACAAGAUCUCCGACAUCCGAGGCUCUGUCCUGAAGAUAGCGAUGUUUGAGUGGGAGCCGAGCACGUUGUACCGCCGCAAUGAGGGGGGCGUCCUGGAGUAUCUGUACGGCCGCGACAUCGAGGUGAUCAGGGCACUGGCAGACGUGUUCAACUUCACUGCCGAGUUUGUAGAGACUUAUGACGGUGAGAAAUGGGGCUACCCGCUGUCCAACGGAUCCUGGACUGGCCUGGUGGGGAUGCUGGGGCGGGCAGACGCCGAGCUCGCCAUCUCAAACUUGUUCGUUAGCUCGUUGGAAGGCCGCGACGAGUACCAAGGCUACACCAACUUCUUUGACACUGACUACUCGUGCUUCCUAAUCCGUACGGAGCCGCCCCUACCACGAUGGCAGUCCCCCGGCCUGCCCUACACUCUGUCCACCUGGCUGGCCAUCCUGGGCAGCCUGCUUGUCAUUGGCGUCAUUUUCAACUUGGUGGCCUUGGCAGCAGCUGACGGUCCUGACGAGGAAGAGGAGAGUGUCAAUCUGAAAAGGUUCCCCGCCGCAAUGCUGUUCACCAUCAGCCUUCACCUGCAAGAGCCGUACCCUGCACUGCCUCGUCGCCAGGCCACGCGCAUCAUGGUGGCCUUCAUGCUCAUAUAUACCUUCAUUCUCGCCAAGUCCUACUCUUGCAACCUGACGGCCUUUCUCACCGUGGCUAGGCAACCAACUGGCAUAGAUACAAUUAAAGAAUUGUUUGAAUCAUCUCUUCCUUUGUUUGAGAACACUAACUACGUGAAAGCUUCAUUGGUGCAGUCCCCGAACAUUUACUUACGUGGUUUGGUGGAGCGGCACACGCUGGUGAAGGACUUGCGCGAGAUCAUGAAGUUGGUCCGCAAGGGUAAAGGUGUGGCCGUAGUGAACCGCAGCACCAAAGAGUUUAACAUCAACACUCAGCUGCAUCACUCCGAGGGAGCCUACCAGACCCGGAUGAUGAAGGAAUGUUUCACUGUGUAUACUGUGGCUGUUGGUAUCCGCUCCCACUCCCCGCUCAAGUACCUCUUUGACAAGGCCAUCAGCAAGAUCUUUGAGAGCGGUUUGGUCACAUACUGGAAACUAGAUUCUUACACUCUGUUUAAGAAGGACAAGAAAAGGCAGCUCUCGAGUCACCUGGAGUACAAUGAGGGCAGUGCAGAGGAAAGGGGCAGCACCAAACUGGUUCCCCUCAGCCUGGACCACCUGCAGACUGCCUUCUAUGUCCUGGCCUCCAGCUUGCUCUCCUCCACACUGAUAUUCAUGAUUGAAGUCUUCCAUAAAUCCAGUUAAUUCUUUGAACACACAAAACUACAAAUAAUACUAUGUGUAUCUUUAGUCUUUAUGAAAUGUUACAUCGUCUGCUGCUUUGAAUGAGAAGAAAUAAAAGAUUCAAGUCUUUAUAUAUAUUUAUACUCAUUAUUAUUUGUUUAUAUAUUUCCAAACAAUCAAAAAGAAAAAAAUGUGGUAAUUGUAUAUAUUUAAUGUCAACUUUACAAGUAUGAGAAAUAAGACCAUUAAUUCAAGAUGGAGUGAAUGGGUGAGGGAAGAAUUAGUGCAUAAGCUUUUUAGGUAAUAAGUGAUUCAAUGACUAGUUGAACAACUACCUUACUUCCUGCCUGAUUGACUAAGCAUUAAAAGUCACAGGAUGGAAAGUGUAUCAUGUUAGAUAAAUUGCAUGAAAAUUAAGAAAGAGCUGGAUGAAAGGGAAGAGGAAUGAGGAAACACAGGAGGGACUUUACUCUCACAUACACACAUUUUCCAGACAAUGAGACUCCUACACUCUCAUCUAACCUCCUCCUCAGACUAACAUUCCUACAGACACACUUACUAAAACCUGAUCACCUCACCAGCACUACACCAAGACACUCCUCCACCAGUGCUCUAGUUAUGGAAUGAGAAAGGGAUGGCAAGGGCAAAUGAUAGCUGAGAAUUACUAAGGAAUUUAUUGAGGACCAAGGAAGCUGAGGACGGACACAGCUUGGGUUUGUUUGAUGUGAGGUGGGUGCGAGGUUACUGAAGACAUUGUGAUCUGGUAGCUUUGAUCUCUUUGCUCUCUUUUACAAUUCAUUCUAAUAAUUCAUGUAAGAUCCUCAAAAACAGCAAAAAUGAGGAAGCGAAUGAGCAUUGCAUUAAUAGUUUUCUCUUCAGCUCUGUCACAUAACUCGUAAUUUUCACAUCAAUAACAAUCCUUCAUAAAUUAACUAGAGAUAGGGCUGGAAUGUUAAUGACUAGGAAAUGUCAAAAAAAACUUUUGUAGUACCCUUGUAUUUCAUUUGAUUGGAAAGUUUUUUUUCUCUUUUUUUUUUUUUUUUAGUCAUUAUUAUUCACUUGUGACAUCU